AUGGCUGGAGGUGCAAGCCAUGCCAACGCUGUCAUUGAAGAUACCGAUCACUCGCCGACUAGUCUCUACUCGCGGCCUACACCUCGUAUGUUUCUCGACCGCUCACAUGCUGUCGACGGGCCGCCUGCGGAGAAAGCGAAACACGACGGUGCAGGUGUUGUGACUGCCAAAGCAAGGACGGUAGCGGAGGAAAUGACGUGUUUAGCUGAAGACCAAAGGACGCUGAGACAGGAAGUAGCGGCGUUGAGGGAGGAGUAUCGCGUGCUCAAGGGUGUGUUGCUGAAGCCUAAGGUGUGA